AUGCCUAAAUUCACUACAAACACAAAUAUAAGCAAGGAUAAACUUCUGGAAUCUUUUGCAGGGGAGCUCACCCAACAAUUAUCAAAAGCAUUGGGCAAACCAGCACAGGUAAUAGCUUUACAGAUCUCUCCUGAUCAAGUGAUGUCCUUUGGUGGCUCCACAGACCCUUGUGCUAUGUGCUUUCUUUACAGCAUUGGAAAGAUAGAGGAGCAGGAGAACAAGGUCUGGUCCAGACUGCUUUGUGAUCUGAUGAGCAAACAGCUGAAAAUACCAUUUGACAGAACCUUCAUCAGCUUCUUUGACAUCAGUCCUGGCAAUGUGGGCUGGAAUAACACCACCUUUGCUUGAGGUGCCCCUAGGUGAUCGAUCACGGCUUAUUCCUGAACCCUCACCAUGGUUUGAGAACUGCAGUUCCAGUCACCUUCUGGCAUCUGCCAAAUGCAAAAGGCAUUGGUAUCUUAAUUGCUGCUACUCACUGCUGUUUAAUAUCUUACCU